UCACGACUAAGACAUGGAUUGACAUGUUGCACACUCUUCACGUCCUAUGCAUUUUUUAUUUUUUAUUUUAUAUAAAUACAACAUUCAGUUACCUUCUCCCAUUCCACGAAUCCAUGGCAAUCCUAGUUUCUGAUCAGAAAUAAGUACCUAUCAUAAACAUGGUUUCCAGAAAUAUAUAAAUUAAGGUGAAGCAGGCAUUGCAAUCUGAAGGUGAUUCCAUGUAGCAAUGAUGGAAAAACCCAAAGUCUCGAACACAAUGAAGGCGCAUAAAGAAAAGCAGAUUGUAGUGAAUGCACAAUCACAGAAAGAAUCUUGUGAUGCCAGUACAACGAUGGCAGCUACUGACUUGCACCGGCCAUCAUCACAACCUCCAAAGCCAAAAUUCCUGAGCCUUAGUCUUCCGAAUUCAGCCAACUCAUCACCUUCAACUCUGAUGAAGAAGAAACUGAAACACAGGAGCACAGAAUCACCAUAUGAAGCCAGUACACUCAAGCAUCAGUAUGAUCAACAAGAAGAAAUGCACUUAAGGAGGAGCAAAUCAUGUGGUGAGGGAAGAGCAUGUGCACCCUCAGAUGACUUUGAUCUCUGGUGGGCCAAAUCAAGUGCAGUGGAACAUGAAAACAUGCAUCAUGGCAGCUUCUCCAAAACUGAAGCCAUCAGAGAAAGUCUUGUGAGUUGCAAGAAUGUGAAAACACAUGAAGAUGAGGGGUUUAAAUGCAGUGCUCUUUGCUUGUAUCUUCCAGGAUUUGGAAAAGCUAAGGCAGUUAAAACGAGAAAAGAAGGAUCAGAAAUGGAAGCUGGUGUAAUAUCUAGAACGGUUUCUUUGGAAAAGUUUGAGUGUGGUUCUUGGGCAUCUUCUGCACUGUUCCUCGAGAUUGAAGGAGACACCAUGAAUUCCUCCUACUUUGAUUUGCCAAUGGAGUUGAUCAAAUGCAGUGCUAAUGAUGUGCAUGCACCUGUUUCUUCAGCUUUUGUCUUUGAGAAGGACCUUGAAGGGGUUCACAAGACUGGUUCCUCUAGAAAAUCACCUCACCAUGUUCCAUUUUCCACAUCUUCUACUGCAAAGCCUGUCUCUCCAGCAUCCUGCAUUACUCCUCGUUUAAGAAAAGCCAGAGAGGAUUUUACCGCCUUCUUAGAAGCACAAAGAGCAUGAACAUGACGGAAUCACUCCUGUGGAAAGUGGAGUGAAAAAAAAAAAAAAACUGCUUAUUACACUAUCUGCAAUCGGUUCUGCCACUUUUAUCACAAUGUUUAGCCAGAGUCAAAUGCUGAACUUAAUACUUAAGGGAACACUUUAGGAUGAUUUUCAUACGAAUGCUUUACGCAAAAAUAUCUUUUCGUGCGAAAAUUGUACUUAGCUUAUAAUCUCAUGAAAAUGUUUUAGUUUGUGUUUGCACAAAAUUUUCACUUGAGGCAUAUAACCUUAUGAAAAUAAUUUAGUGUGUUUUUGGAUCAAUGUUCAUGAUCCAUGUUCUCCUUCAAAUUCAAGUCAAAACUAGAAAAUGAUGUACAAGCAAACUCACAACUUUAGAUGGAUGCACGUUUCAGAGCACAAAACGUGCAAU